AUGAGUCAGAAGCAGCCCAGGAUUGAGCAAGGAAACCACGAGAGUGGAAAUUUGGCAGGUAUAGGCGAAAUCCUCAAUACCCCUAUUGUUGUGUUUUUUGACACGGGCGCAUCGCAUUCGUUCAUAUCUGAGUUGUGUGUGCAUACCUUGAGCUUGCCUAUUAGAAAAUCUGAACAUAGGAUGAUGGUGUCCUCACCAGUAGGAGGGAUAGUAGAGAUUUCCCGAUUUUGCUUGAACGUAGAAAUCGUACUAGGAGAACUUAAGUUAGUUGCUUACGAACUGCGAGUUAUGGCGAUGAGAGAUGUCGACGUAAUCCUAGGAAUGGACUGGUUAACCGCGAACUUUGCGACGAUUCGCUGUAAGGAGAGGCAGAUAACCCUACAAGCUCCGGGUACGGAACCCAUCGUGUACCACGGAAUCUCGAUGAACCGGCGAACCGCUAUAAUCUCUGCGCUGCAAGCCACCGCGAUGAUGAAGAAAGGACGUCCUGCCUGCCUUGUCUAUCUCCACGGAGAAGAGAAGGAGGAAAGGAAGAUAGAAGACGUCGCUGUCGUACAAGAUUUUCCAGACAUUUUUCUCGAGGUGUUACCUGGAUCGCCACCAGAUCGACAACUAGAAUUCACGAUUGACCUCGAACCUGGAGCUACACCCGUAUCCAAGGCACCGUACCGAAUGGCGCCUAAGGAAUUGGAAGAACUCAAGAUACAACUGCAAGAGAUCAUGGAUUUAGGUUUCGUUAUGCCUAGUGUUUCGCCAUGGGGCACUUGGACCCGAGGCCAUUGA